AUGGCUUCGCUCCUUGUGAAUUCGCUCAGAAGCUAUUUGGAUCCUUCCUUACUUGAAGCUCUAGACUCAAACGACUCCACCAAACAGCAGGCGGAAGAGUAUCUCGACUCCCUUCUAGCCAACGAUGAACUCUUUUCUACCGACCAGUUUACUGCUGCAACUGCUGCUGCCUCAAAGUCUCGUCCAGUAACCCUUGUAGAAGAGAUUGCAGAGCUUGACCAGACACUGCGACAAAUUGACGUGAAACUUGCAAAGACAGCCACCGAGAACCGAGAGCUCAUUGUUGAAUUGAGCCGGGACUUGACUACCGUCUCCUCGCAACUCGAUUUCCGUCUCAAGAAUGAGACUUCUUCCAUAUUGGCUAGUCUACGGGACAUUGGAUCUGAUACGUCAAUUCUCUCUAAAAGCAUUGCAAAGACUUCAACAGCCACCGGACUGAACUUCGGCGCUGCUGCAUGUAGCUCAGUGCUUCUCAAAAUCGACUCUGUUCUCGACGUCCUUGAACUUCCCACUCUUUGUCGUUUGUGCAUAAUGCAAGGCAAUUACCACGAAGCGCUUGAAGUGGCCAUGUCUGUGAAAAUGCAUGCGAUCAAAUUCCCCAAAUUAGCAACGUUCAAAGCUCUCGAACAGAAGAUUGACGUAGAAUUGAGAGUCAUGGUAAGAGGUCUUGUGAAGCUUCUUAAUACAAAUUUGAAGCAGUCAAACAUUUUGAAAAUCUUCCAAAUUCUAAACCGCCCAGACCUCAUUGCAAUUGCAUCUCAGACUCCAGAAAAUGGUGCGCAGCUAUCACCAGAGCUGAGAGAGCGAGCCCUCAAAAUCAUCUACUUGAACUCGCGCUUCAAGUUUAUCACUACCGAAAUCAGCACACUCAAACCACUUCUAAAGCUAAAGAAAUUGACAUACUUGAAACGCUUCAUCGAGGUGUAUAGAGAGCACUUGUUCAACUCUUUGUCGAUCUAUCAUGCUAUCUUCCGUACGACUAAACUCGAAUCUGAUGUUGACAAAGAUCAUUUUCUCGUUCUUUCGUAUGUCAAAAGUUUGGUGAAACUUCUUCUAUCCGAAAUUCGCCAACACCUUCCGCAGUCUUCAACAGAUGAAAACGACUUCGACUUCAGGAGUCAACGUGACGGUGUAAUUUUGCAGUUAAUUUAUCUUUGCAAAUCCCUUGAUAAAUACAGCUUGGAUUUCGAGAGUGCAGUGGUGCAAGAAUUAUGUUGCUCUGAGCCAAUACUCAUUACUGAAGUUGACUGGUCACGAAAUAUCUCCAAGGUGAAAAAGUUCAGAUCAUAA